GCCAUUUCCGAAAAAGAUAUGGUCUUCUGGAAGCUAACGCUACCCUUUCAAGGUCUACUUGGACAGCCGAGGAUUGGAACAUCCCACGAUGUAAUCAUGGUGCACCAAGUCGCGGUCGUAGAAGAAAACGGGGACCUCGCCGUACUUGUUGGCACGAUGGAUAGUUCAGAAGCAUUGGUGACGAUUCGUCACCGACGAAAGUUGAGCACCAGCAUGGUGAGCAACCUCCGCAUCUACCACUAUAUUGGCGACCAGUUUGUGGCCACUGCAGCUGCUAUUUACAAUGACACUACACUGUAUCGUGUGGUCAUUGACCACUGGUCAAGGAGCUAG